AUGUUUCUAUAUCUUUUCUUUUUUUUUCGGUUCCUUUAUAUUUCUUUGCACUUUGUUCUGCAAUCGUUUUUUUUUCUCCUUUGUUUAUUUUUCCUUUCUUUCUACUUUUGCUUUUUAUAUCUUCUUCAUUCUUUGUUUCUUUUCCUUCUGUUCAUUCAUUCAUUCGUUUCCUUAACUUUUCUCUUUUUGGAAUUAUUUAUAUAUUUUUAUUUCUCUUUUUCCUUCAUUUUCUUUCGUUAUUUUUCCUUUCUUCAUUUUCUUUCGUUAUUUUUCCUUUGCUUUUUUUUCCCCCUACAUUUUUGUUUUUCCUUUUUUUUCUUUUUAAAUUUUUUCUUUUUUUUUUUUCUUGACUGCACUAUCUAUCUAUCUAUCUAUCUAUCUAUCUAUCUAUCUAUCUAUCUAUCUAUCUCUCUCUCUAUAUAUAUAUAUAUAUAUAUAGUAUCGCUCGUCAACUGUCAAACACGUUUUCUAAACAAAAAUAUCAUUGUUCGGGGCCAUCGAAGCGAAUCUUUAAAUGACAGCUGCGUUCGUAUCAGUAUAACACGUCUGCAGAUGACGCGUAAUUUUUUUGGUGGUGUCCAAGAGUAUCAACCCGUGUCAUCAGGUAACAUGCUGAGACAACUUUCCUAG